AUGGCAAGUUCAAAAGCUAAAGGUUCAACCACGGGUACGCCUUCACAUACCUCAACUUCCACUUCAACAGGAGGAGGAAAUCAUCACGGUGGUGGAGCAGGAGUUGGUAAUAUAAGCGGUGCAACUAGAGGAGAAAGUGGCAGUUCGACAGUAACUGCUUCUUCGAAACAUCAUAAUAAUAGUAAUGUAACAGGAGAGACUCACGCUAAACGACUCAAUAAAGGAAAAGAACUUGUUGGAAAGGAGAUACCGACAUUGGAUUUUAAUACACUUGAUAUUUCAGUGUUGCGUAGAUAUAAAAGGAUUCAUAAAUUAAAAGUUAAAGAUUAUGCUACCAAGGAAGAUUUAGUUGCCGCAGUGUCCAGACACUAUGCCUUGCAACCAGUUAAAGAAGCUGAUGUUAUAGCGGCCUUUGUAUACACGAUAAUGUCUUGA